AGCUAAUAUAAAACUAUACAGAACCAAAACCAAAAUUCUUCCUUUAUUUUGUUAGACCAAACCAAAAAAAAUCAGUAAAGUGGGAAAAACGAGCUGAAUCCAUGGCGGCCUCUAAGCUACAAGCUCUGUGGAAUCACCCAGCCGGACCCAAAACCAUUCACUUUUGGGCACCAACUUUUAAAUGGGGCAUUAGCAUAGCCAACAUAGCUGACUUCGCGAAACCACCAGAAAAAAUCUCCUACCCUCAGCAAAUAGCGGUUACUGCAACUGGAGUCAUCUGGUCACGUUAUAGCAUGGUAAUCACGCCGAAGAACUGGAAUCUCUUUAGUGUGAACAUUGCUAUGGCUGGAACAGGCAUAUACCAACUGUCCCGAAAAAUAAAACAUGAUUACUUUUCAGAGGGCGAGGCAAAGCCUGCUGUUGCAACAGAAUGAUGGCGAAAUCUUCCAAAAAUGCCGUUUUUCCUGGGUCAAUUAUCAGUUGUUUUCUUGUUUUUGCUGUUAAUUAAAAGUUGCUACACUUGGCUCUAUUAGCUUUGAAUUAUUUCAAGCAUGCUGUGUUUUGG